AUGAACGAUGAAUCGGCUCUGGAGCGGUGGAAGCGCUUCACCUAUGUGGAUAAUCUCCCAGAAGACAUUGGCCCUUUUCGGAAGCUGCUAGAAGAAUAUAGCAACAUACCACCUGAGGAAGUUGACGGCUUACUUCUUAGAACGCGUGAGAGACUCUGGGAAGUGGCCAUGUACCCGUGCAUUGGCCGAUGGAGCUUUCUCAACCUACAAAGUGUACGCGACCCUCAUUUCUACACUGUAGUCGAGCGGUUGAGACGCUCGGCUGAUUCUGGUGCCGCAUCAAGCUACCCAGAGGCGCUCCUUGAUAUUGGGUGCUGCGUUGGCCAGCUACUGCGAAAGCUGGUGCAAGAUGGAAUCGACCCGACGCGCCUCUUUGGUACAGACUUGCACCCUGAAUUUAUUUCCAUUGGCGCAGAGCUAUUCCGCGAUGAAGCCAGCGGGUUGACUUUUGCGGCCGGCGAUAUGUUGAAUCCCGACGAUGAGGCUCUCGGCAUUUUAAACGGCAAAAUCACGCUUGUGCAUGCUGGGAAUUUCUUCCAUUUAUUCACGUGGGAAGAGCAAGUUGUCAUCGGAAUGCGAAUAGUGCGCUUCAUGCAUCCAGAAACCGUUGAUGCAAUAAUCUUCGGCAGACAGAUUGGGACCCACAGUCCACGAGAGAGGCAGGGAAGAAGAAAGUCAUUCUUACAUAACGAGGAAAGCCUGCAGAGACUGUGGAACGAGGUUGGGGCGAAAACGGGGACUCGUUGGCGCGUGUCGAUGGAUAUUAACGAAGAGAAAAUGGUUGACAUUCCUGGAUUUGGAGAAGAGGAUAGAUACGUCCGUUUUGGCAUAUAUCAAUUUCCAAUAGAGAAGAAGGGCUAG